AUGAAAGGCACGGCGGCGGCGAGCGGAGGCGGCAAGGCAGGGGCCGCGGCGCCCGUGGUGGAGGCCGAGGAAUCCCCGGGUUCUGAGAAACCGGCUCCCCCCUCCGGGGCGGGGGCGGCUGGGUCCGAUGAUCAUGUAUCGGAUAUGAUGGGGCGCUUACGCCUCACACAGGCAGAGACCGAAGCGGUUGUGCUGGACGACGGCAUCGACGAUAUCCCUGUCCACUCCAAGUGGGCGCUCGUCGGCAAGGUGCUAUCCCCUUCGAUUCUUCACAUCAGCACGAUUGCGGCGGCUCUGCGGCCUGCGUGGGGUAACCCGCGUGGGCUAUUGCUGAAUUCGGCCGGUGACAAUACAUUUGUGGCGGAAUUUGGCACCAAGGCGGAUAUGGAUCGCGUGCUGGACGGCCCUCCAUGGGUUGUAGGUAAACGUGCUGUUCUUCUGCAGGGUUUUGACGCUGAUCUUAAACCACAAGAGAUGAUCUUCAACAAGAUGCGGCUGUGGGUCAGAAUAGUCAACCUCCCGUUUGGCUACAUGCAUCAGAAGUGGGGGAAGGCAAUUGCUAGCUCUUUUUGUAGCGUUGGUUGUGUCCCUGUGGUGGACUGUGCUGCAGAUGGACGAUGCUGGGGAAGCUACAUGCGUGUCCGGGUUGAGGUGGACGUUGACAAACCGCUUAGGCGGGGAGUCACUGUCUUCUCUCAGCGCCGUCAGACAACGGAUUGGUUUAGCCUCCAAUACGAAGAUUUGCCACAUUACUGUUUCUCCUGUGGUUUUAUUGGGCACACCUCGACUGAAUGUAAUGAUCCAGGUGAGAGGGAUGCUGAGGGGAAACUGCCUUACUCUGCUGACAGACUUUGCGCACCUGAUGAGAAAAAGAAGAAGAACCAAGGAGCAAGGUUGUCUAGUGGAUCGGUCUCUGCGGGACAAGGCCGGUCGUCCACGCCGGUGCGGGAGGGACCUGGUCAAUCACUCAACACUGGCGGGGCAGCAAGUAAGUCACAAGUGAAUGAAGAUUUUGUCGAGGUGUCAUCGCCGACAAAGAAUGUGAAAACACGUGCUCGCGCAAAACAAACCAAGGCAGACACGAGUCAAGCCAAAGGUAAAGACCUAGCUCAAGAUGGGAAGAUGCUCACGGGGCAGAAGCGGAAGAAUCAACUAGUCUAUCGCCCGAAAGCCCCGGCCAUGCUGACGGCCGAAGUGGUGAAUCCACUAGCGGUGGUGAUCCACCAGGCUGUAGACACCCCUGUCAGUGAGGAGGAGCACACUGAGGACGAUAUGAGUACAGACUCAAACAAGAAGAGGAAGAAUGAUACUGUUGGAUCGGCGGAUCAGGCGGGAGCUGUUGAGCAGCCCCGCCCUACGCAAUGA